UUGCACGAUCGUACGUGGCGCGCGGAACAGCGAGAGAACAGCUGUUUCCUAACCUCUUCACGACACGGUCAAAAAGCUCCGCCAAUUUUCGCUCAUAAACAAGACGGGUCGUGAUCUUGAGGAAUUUGUCUUUGUCAACGGUUCACGGGUGAACUGACGAUCGCUGGUGAGCGACUAAUCACAUUGAUUGUUGAAUUAAAUCAACGACAAUGGUGAAGAUUAACGUACGGUGGAAGCUCGCCCAUGAUCUCAACCUUCUACGAGGCACCAAUUAUCCAACGAAGAUUAAAUACUUGUGGCGCAAAGGCUGGACUGAGAUCCCUGUCAUAAUGGCAUGCACACCCUUGUCGAUAAUAGCGUCAGCUGGGAUCAUCUUCGUGUUGUGGUAUGGCCAAACGCACAGCUUGUUUCCGAAAUAUCACAAAUUGCCGAGAAUUUACAGACCGGACGACCCGAGAAUAAGUAAAAUCCGCCAAGUUUCAUGGUUCGAUACAUAAAUACACGCAAUCGAUGAUGAUGUAGCAACAGUUCUAUUGCGGUGCACUUUAACACUGUAGGAAUACAUGAUAUGUAAUUAAUAUUAAAGAAGAUAUAAAUUU